AUGGAACGUUUUCAGAGUAAAGAGCAACCAGAAGAAGUGCCCGAGACGUCUCAGAGCUGGGAGCGGGAGGAGCACGGCGUCAAACAGGAGGAAGAGCCGCAGCCCGUGUCGCUCCCAGAAUACUUCGCUGUUUGUGUGAAGAAAGAGGAAGAGCCGUAUGAGGCUGAGGAAGAGGAGCCGCAGGGAGAGACCGACCGAGACUCAGAGCCCGAAGAGGACUGGAGCGCCGUCGCAAGGUUUUCAGAGGACGAGGACCAGGAGCCCAAGGUCCAGUUCAGAACCAUCAACGCAGCUGGACAAAGCUCAGGCCUCUUUCGCCAGUUCAUCGUCUACAAUGUGUUUGACAUAAGUAUCAUUCCAGAAGCUUCUCGUCUAGAAUUCUGGCCCAUUCCUCCUCAGUGGGAUGAGACAGUUGCUUCUGUAACAGUCUGA